GAACACAUGAAACUGAGAGUGUCUCCUCCCGAAACACGAACACAGUGCUGAUAGAAGCGCUCGGCGACACCCCUUUCCCUCACAACAUGGCUACAAUAGUCACCUCGACCAGGUUCACCGACGACUACCAGCUUUACGAAGAGCUGGGAAAGGGUGCCUUCUCUGUGGUGCGCAGAUGCCUGAAGAAGUCUACAGGCCAGGAGUAUGCUGCUAAAAUCAUCAACACCAAGAAGCUGACAGCCAGAGAUCAUCAGAAGCUGGAGCGAGAGGCGCGGAUCUGUCGUCUUCUUAAACACCCCAAUAUUGUCCGGCUCCAUGACAGUAUUGCAGAAGAAGGGUUUCAUUACCUCCUCUUUGACCUUGUGACUGGAGGCGAGCUGUUUGAAGACAUUGUUGCCAGAGAGUAUUACAGUGAAGCUGAUGCGAGCCAGUGCAUCAGUCAAAUCCUAGAGAGCGUCAGUCAUAUUCACCAGCAUGACAUUGUGCACAGAGACCUUAAGCCUGAGAACCUGCUGUUGGCCAGUAAGAUGAAGGGCGCAGCAGUAAAGCUCGCUGACUUUGGACUGGCUAUAGAGGUGCAGGGAGAUCAGCAGGCAUGGUUUGGUUUUGCUGGCACUCCUGGUUACCUGUCUCCAGAAGUUCUGAGGAAGGAUCCUUAUGGUAAACCUGUGGAUAUUUGGGCCUGUGGAGUGAUCCUGUAUAUUCUACUCGUGGGCUAUCCGCCAUUCUGGGAUGAAGAUCAGCAUAAGCUGUAUCAGCAGAUUAAAGCUGGAGCUUAUGACUUUCCUUCUCCCGAGUGGGACACUGUCACCCCUGAGGCCAAGAACCUCAUCAACCAGAUGCUGACUAUUAACCCAGCUAAGAGGAUCACCGCUGAGCAGGCCCUCAAGCACCCAUGGGUUUGUCAACGAUCUACAGUGGCAUCCAUGAUGCAUCGACAGGAGACCGUGGAGUGUCUGCGCAAGUUCAAUGCUCGGCGAAAACUAAAGGGAGCUAUCCUGACCACUAUGCUGGUUUCCAGGAACUUCUCAGUGGGCCGGCAGCAUACCAGCCCUGCUGCUCCCACCACCAGCACUGCCGCACUUGCACAGGAAGCAUGCAAAAGUUUACUCAACAAAAAAUCUGAAGGAAGUAAGCCCCAGACAAACAACACUAAAAACAGUGUAGUGAGUGCAGUAGUGAGUGCCCUGAAGGAGAGCAACAUGGCCUCCUCUACACCUAUGGAGCCACAGACUACAGUAGUGCACAACCCAGCAGAUGGUACCAAGGGUUCCACAGAGAGCUGUAACACAAAUGAGGAGGAGGAUAUGAAAGGUAGGAAAGUGGAGAGUGUUCAGGGAACCAGCAGUGACAGUGCAGUGAUGAGCCAGUGCAGUGCCGGGGAUGAGCCGCCCGCUCUGGUGGCAUCACCACAGUGCCCACCAGCCACUAUGGUGCAUGACAUAAAGCGCAUGGCGUGGAACAGUUCGGGACAUGCCUCGUGCCCAGAGUUAGAGCGUGCUCAGAAUGUUCCCAUUGCCAUGGCUCAGGGGUACAAGAGUGGGGCUACUACAAAUGGGGCUACAUCCCAGUUAGCUCGCAAGCAAGAGAUUAUCAAGAUCACAGAGCAGCUGAUUGAAGCUGUGAACAAUGGAGACUUUGAAGCAUACACGAGAAUUUGUGACCCUGGCUUGACCUCAUUUGAGCCUGAAGCACUGGGUAACCUAGUGGAGGGGAUGGACUUUCACAAGUUUUACUUUGAAAACUUGUUAAGUAAGAACAAUAAGCCCAUGCACACCACAAUCCUGAAUCCACACGUGCACCUGAUUGGAGAAGAUGCAGCGUGCAUCGCCUACAUCCGGCUGACCCAGUACAUCGACAGCCAGGGCCGCCCGCGCACCUGCCAGUCUGAAGAGACACGCGUGUGGCACCGCCGUGAUAGCAAAUGGCUUAACGUGCACUUCCACUGCUCAGGAGCGCCAGCUGCACCGCUACAGUGAAGCCUGCAGGGUACAGGUUGCCUGGAUUCUUAAUGAUGGAAGUGUUUGUUCCUUGUGGCCGGAUGGGCAUGUGGAGGCCGGCUGGAUGACAGCAAGCUACAGACACGCUAUUGAAGAUAACAUCCAGUCCAACUGUCAACACCACCUUACCUGUCCAACCUUAGACCACUAGGAUCUGGCUGCGGCUGUGGCCCUGUCCAUGGGAUGGUGCAUGCAUCUGAUGCCCACACAGGGGCGCUGUUUAUGGACUCAUCUUUUUUUUUUCUCGCCCGUUAAAGAUGUCCAGAAGGUGUUGUAAGUACUGAUCUAUGAAUUCAUAUUGUAUAUUGUAAAAAAAAAAAUAUAUACCAGAAGCUACAAUCAAGUUGAAGCAUUAGUAUGUUCAGUGAAAUGGAAUUGGAGUAUUAAGAGGGUCGCUACACAAGAGAUGACCAAAAAUCACUUGAACAGUUUAAUGGGUGUAAUCUAAACCCUCCAGCCUGUACACUUUGUAGAUGUGGGAUACAGAUUAUUUAGAGACUUAAAAUAAAACACAUCCACAAAUCAGACGGAGUGUCAAAAAAAAAAAGAAGCACCAAAGUGUAGUCUUUAGGCAUUUAAAGCAGUGGUUCUGGGCUUUUUGUUUCUUGUGUUUUUAAUCUAAGGGUAUGUGGGAAGGUUUAAGUGGUUUGGGGUUUUAGUAUUCCAUGUUAAUGUGUUCGUGGAUUUUUUUUUUCCUUCCUGUCAUUGACAGAUGUUGUAUCAAAGUAUUUUGUGUUAAGCAAUUACAAUUUUUAAUAUUAGUUUAAACUUUUUUAACAUUAAUACCUGUAAAGCUAUAUAAAUAUAUAUUUAAAUAAGAUCAACAGGAGAUUCACCUUUAGGAUGCAGAAAACGAUUCGACUCUGUUUACUUUGUGUGUGUGUGUGUGUGUGUGUGUGUGUGUGUGUGUGUACGCGCGUGCGUGCGUGUGUGUGUACAGACAUGUUAAACCCACCACCGCACCGUUAUUAUAUUAGCCUGGUUAGAAUGCUUCAUGUUUAGCUGUGUGCAUUUAAGAGCCCUUGUGAAUGGACAAAGUGCUACAGGAACAGCACUACAUGCUCAUUUUACUCAUCCAUUCCCGUGCAACAGGGGAACACGCCUACACGCAACUUAGAACCAUUCAAGUCAGAAAUCAUUGCAGUAAUAAUGAUAAUAAUAAUAAUAGUGCUUUCAUAAAUCUGAUUGAAAUGUAAGCUGGCUGGCACGAUUUCCAAGAAAGAGCUGAUGAGUCAUUAUUUUUCUGACCCCAUUUACACCUGGUUAUUCCUGCAUCUCGUAUCCAUGCUGUAUUCUGAUAGGACUGAAGGUUUCUCACUUCUGGUUGGUUUUGUUAAUUGGUUAAUACGCUUCCCUGUUAAAUAGUCUAUGAAAUAAGGCUACGUUGAUUAACACCUCCACUACUUUCUACUUUUGUUUUUAUUACUUUAUGUGUUAGAGAUGCUAGUAAUUAGUAAUAGUAUAGCUAUAAACAGGACACACUUCAAGCUAUAUUAUGUGAUUUAGGUUCAUAAUUAAACACCUCCUUGCUUUUUAUUUAGCUAAUAUAUUGAUAGAAGCGCAAAUAUUUUAUUUAUUUAAGCAUAUUAGGGGAAAAUCGAAUCUAUAAUAAUCAUGCCAUAUGUGUAAUAUUUGAUAUUCUUCACUUAAACCUUGCAUCAAAACAUGCAGAGCUUCUCAUUUUUACCUAAAAGAAUUCAACUAAACAUUAAGCUUAAUCAGGGGUGUUCAAAUAUUUGCAUAUGACUAUGCAAAACAGUCAAACUUUGAGUGCUAGAGACUGUCAGGCUAACUUCUAAACAGAAGGACUGUUCCUAUUUACUGUUUAAAGUUCAUUUGCUCAGUUAGAAGUGGUAAUGCAUGCUUAAACAUAUGAUAAAGGUAUGUGUAUGUUACAUGCUUAUACACUAAUAUGUGUAUAUAUAAACAUGCCGUUUGCCUCCUAGAUGUGACACAGCUAAAGCUUUAACUCCUUUAAAUCUGUAUUGUACUGUGAGAAAUCCUUCAAAACGUAUAAAAAGCAGGACUGGGUGUAAACGGGGUCCCAAAUACCUAAAAUGCACUUGUAUGACGAGUAAGAAUAUUUUAUUGAAACAACCAUUUUGUAGUAAAAUCACAUGCUGACCCAUCACAUUUCAGGCCUACACACUUGCAUGGACAGUCUGUGGCUGUUCAGGUGGUGGAUUGUCUAAACAUCCCUGUACAAUUUUGUUCACCUGGUGAUGGUUAUGUACGUGCACUUGUUUCAAUCGUCGUACACAAUUAUUAAUCUGCGAGCAUCACUGUAAUCGUGGUAGAAAACAUUGUCACAGUUUAAGCUCUGAUUUACUUAUGUAAAUGGUAUAGCACAAAUGCAGGGUUUAAGGCUCUGGUUAUAAGACCAUUAAAGAACAAUAAGCCUGUUUUGAUUUUGAUUAUAGGCUUUGAAGAACCUUUUCACCUCUGUCUGUUUCAUACAGUCUGAGGUUAUAAAAAGAUCAGAUCACAAGAACAUUCAGUCAGUGCAUGUGUUGAAUAUGUCUUACAUGGAAGAGUUCUCAGUCCGUGUUUAUACAUGUAUGUAUAACGUCCACAUCCCUCAUGGAGUGUAGGGCUUUGGAACAUAUCAGCAUCGUAACUCUGCUCAUGUGGGUGUGUGUGUGUGUGUGUGUGUGUCACCUUCAUCACAAAGCCCUUGUAGUGAUGCUCUUUAAGCUUGUUUUGUCUUUGUGUUCUGGGGGAAUUGCUGCCAUGCCUGGGCAAUUCAUUUACUUUGUAUUUUAUUCUGAACCAGUUUGUAAGUUUCUUUUUUGCAGUUUCUGUGAAUGAAUAAAAAUGUAAAGGAGGACACUGAUUGAUUAGAUACAUUAAGAUACACCAUAAAUGCUGGGAACAAACCCUAAAACAUCAUCUGGCCUGCCUGUUGCAAACGAGAGCAAUCCAAAUAUGCAGCUUAAUGAAAAUGAAUAUGCAUGUUUACUUUUCUUGGUAAACUUUUUUUUCUAUGUGUGUUUACCUUAGUAAAACAGGAAGUUCUGUUCUUGGUUAUCUUAUGACAUGAAAACCACACUAUUUGGCGGGAAUACAUAAUGUACCUUGUUUAAAAUAUGUCUCAGCUUGGUAUGCUCCCCUUUGUUCUGAGUAAAUCUGUUGCAUUGUAAUAGUAUACUAUUGGGCUGCGUAUAUGAAUGCUGGAUUUUGCAUGAUCAUACAUUUAAUAAAACCAUGAAUUGAAAACUGUC